AAAAGAAAAACGUGGCGGGCAUUUUUGGAACGUCAAAGAGCUAGUCAAAUAUUCAGUAGUGAUAUAGGCUGUCGAACUAAUCGUCUGAGCCGUACACGAAGCGCCACCGUCGCCGUAGUCGAACUUCCAACGAUCCGCAGAGUCACGGUGACCGCCGUCCAUGGCGGCCACUCGAUCCCUUCCGUCGUCUUACAGCAACCAUGGCUUCUCUCAUGCCUUCAAUUCUCCCAAACCUAAACCUUCAUUUGCCUCUCUUCCUCUUCUUCCUAAAUCCACCAAUGGCUUGAAGGAAGACGACGGGAGGAGAAUUCAGGUCAGGAGCGAAAUCAAGAGCUUCGAGAAUUCGCAGAAUUGGACGGUUGAGGCCGAUCGAUUUCGCUUCGUUCAGAACUCUUCGCCUCAUUCUCCGUCCUCGGUGUCCAUUGCCGCUUCGAGUUCCGCCAUGGAUUCGGCCAUGAGAGCUACGAAGAAAGUUUGCCUCUUUUACUACGCGGAGACCAAGGCCCUCGCCGAGAGAGUCGCAGCGCAGUCUGAUGCCAUUGAGCUCCGUACCAUCACCUGGAGGAAAUUUGAUGAUGGAUUCCCCAACAUAUUCAUUCCCAAUGCUCAUGGCAUUCGUGGGCAACAUGUGGCCUUUCUGGCCUCGUUUAGCUCCCCAGGAGUCAUUUUUGAGCAGCUCUCUGUAAUAUAUGCUUUGCCCAAAUUGUUCAUCUCCUCAUUCACAUUGGUCCUUCCAUUUUUCCCAACGGGAACUUCUGAGCGAAUGGAGGACGAAGGAGAUGUUGCAACGGCCUUCACUCUUGCUAGGGCCUUGUCCAACAUACCCAUUUCGAGAGGCGGGCCUACUAGUUUAGUCACUUUCGAUAUCCAUGCCUUGCAGGAGAGAUUCUACUUCGGCGACAAUAUUUUACCAUGCUUCGACAGUGGGAUACCGCUGCUUAAGAAUAGGCUCCAGGAACUCCCUGAUUCUCACAAUAUAUCCGUUGCUUUUCCUGAUGAUGGAGCAUGGAAAAGAUUUCAUAAGCAGCUGCAACAUUUCCCAACGAUUGUUUGCGCUAAAGUUCGGGAAGGUGACCAACGGAUUGUUCGUAUCAAGGAAGGAGACCCCAGUGGACGACAUGUUGUGAUAGUUGAUGAUCUGGUCCAAUCUGGUGGCACCCUGAUUGAAUGUCAGAAAGUAUUAGCCAGUCAUGGAGCAACAAAAAUCAGUGCCUAUGUAACCCACGGAAUAUUUCCUAAUAGUUCGUGGGAACGCUUUGAGCAUGACAAUGAAGGGCAUCCUGAGAACGGGCUGACCUACUUCUGGAUUACAGACUCGUGCCCAUUUCAGCAGGUGAAGUACAGAGCACCAUUUGAGGUUCUUAGCCUCGCUGGUUCUAUUGCAGCUACUCUUCAAAUAUAAAAAGAACAUUUUGUAGAGAGGGAAAACUGGAUAUGAGACUUUCGUUUUCUUUCUCCACCUCCCAUAACCAUCAUUAACUUAUGUUCAAUUGGCAACAAGGCCACCAGCUGUAGAGAACUCAUGACAAUUGUGCGGCGAUUUUAGAUUUUUUUUU